UGGCGUAAAUUACUUUGUAGUCGAAGCAGGAAAAAGAAAAGGGUUUUCGCCGUUUCCUCAGGUAAAAGGAAAAAACGAAGAAGGAAGUAAAAGGAGAUAAAAAUAAGAAAGAAAGACAGCCGUAAACUGGUAAAAAUCCCGGUGGAGUGCGUUUGUACGACCACCGUCACCUUCACUGUCUCAUUCACUCUUCUUUCUCCUUCUCCUCAUUUUUCUUCCUCCAGCUUCUUUGCUUUCUCCCUUUUCCAAGCUCAACCGCCACCGAUUACCGUUAACGAACGAAAGAAACCAACCAACCCCUUUGAAUUGAACUAGCUUCUGCGGCAGCCGCCCUUUUCCCUGUUUAACAUAUAGAAUCCCUCCAUUAUCGCUUUCGAAUUCGAUCCAUUUCCGCCCCUUCUUAGAACCCUAGAAGUUUGCGUCGCGCCCGAAGACGCCCGAGCCCCUGCGUGUCUGCUUCUUCCUCUCUGGGGGGGUUCAGGGCUGGUUGCGCUUCUGUGAUUGUUUGGAACUCUGGUGGUCAUUUCAAUUCCUUGACGCCAUGAAACGUGGGUACACGGGUUCUCCGUCCAACUCUGGUGGUCCUCCUAAAUCCAGAUUGAAGCACUCCGCUGAAGGUGAUGCCGACUAUUCUGAGGAUGUUGUUCAGAAAGUGGCGAACCAUUACAGUGCAAGGACAAAUCAGAGUCUGGCAGAGCGAGAAUCGAGUCCAAUUAUUCAUUUAAAGAAACUUAACAACUGGAUAAAAAGUGUCUUAAUCCAACUGUAUACUCGUAGAGGGGAUGCUGUUCUUGAUCUAGCUUGUGGGAAGGGUGGAGAUCUUAUUAAGUGGGAUAAAGCAAAAGUAGGAUAUUAUGUUGGUGUUGACAUUGCUGAAGGCUCGAUCGAAGAUUGUCGAACCCGUUAUAAUGGUGAUGCCAAUCAUCAUCAAAAUCGUAAGAAGUUUUCAUUUCCAGCUCGUCUUAUAUGUGGAGACUGUUAUGAGAUUCGCUUGGACAAGGUCCUUGCUGAUGAUGCUCCUUUUGAUGUCUGCAGCUGUCAGUUUGCCCUACAUUAUUCUUGGUCUACUGAGAAACGUGCACGGAGAGCUUUGGCCAAUGUCUCGGCCUUACUACGUCCCGGGGGUACUUUUAUUGGAACAAUGCCAGAUGCUAACGUUAUCAUAAGAAAACUCAGAGCAUCUGAUGGACUGUCGUUUGGCAAUAGUGUGUAUUGGAUUCGUUUUGAUGAAGAAUACACAGAAAAGAGCUUUAGCUCGUCUUCUCCUUUCGGUAUCAAGUACCAGUUCCACCUAGAGGAUGCCGUUGAUUGUCCAGAAUGGAUUGUGCCUGUUGAUGUCUUUAAAGCGUUGGCAGAUGAGUAUGAUCUGGAGCUAGUUUUUGCGAAGAAUGCACAUGACUUUGUCCACGAGUACUUAAAGAAACCAGAAUACGUCGACCUAAUGCGGCGGCUUGGUGCUUUGGGGGAUGAUCGGGACAAGAGCACCCUAUCGCCAGAUGAAUGGGAAGUAGCAUACUUGUACCUUGCAUUCGCCUUGAGAAAGAGAGGCCAACCAGAGCGGGGGCAAGUAAAUGGUAGACGAGAUAAAGCAAAGAUGCACAUAUCGAAAGACGACAUCAUGACCAUUUAGUUUUGCUGAGUGUACAGCAGAUCAAUAAGCAUCAGGAGGGGAUCUCCUUCACACCGGUGGCAGUAACUUAGGUUCUCCAUAGCCCGUGGCUGAGCAGAGUCUCUGCUCCCAAAAACUUUCGAAGAACCUAAUGCUGCCAGCCACUUGCUUCAGUUUUGCCGCGAUACGAUCUUUAGAUCGCCAUUUGUACAUUGGUGAUUGGGUAGUUUUUUCUCAGAUGAAAUUCGAGAAAGACGUAUUAACUCGCACCAAGUUAGUGCACGGUUUAUAGGGAAACUUUGAGUUAAUACCCGUGGUGUACUAUGACCAGAACUGACAGUUUGAAUCAUCUUAGCAAGAAACCAGCAUUACAUGAUCUCCCUUUUGCAGUUUACCUGAUCCAUUCGGAGGGCAUUUUUUGAGAUUCGAACUCUGACAUUUUUGAUUAUGCUAGAGAGCAAUAUAUUGUAUUUGGAUGUAAUUGUCAUGGUUUCAUCUGCUCAAGUUUGAAACAGAAUGGAAGGGGUUUAGCUCUAGCUUUAUAUGAGUGCUAGCUUAUCUUUGCUUGAGGUCAGGAGCACCAACACCUUGAACAGUGUACUAUACUAACACCUUGAGUAGCAACCAAGCAAAGCAACAUUAACAAAAGUUGGAUGACAAAAGAGAAACAAAAUCUGAACUUCAAAAGUUGCCUGCAUCUUCCUCUUCCCUUAAGUAACUUCAAAAGCCCACCAUACUCUCAACUCACCAACACCCAACUCUUCCCUUAAGUCGAUAUGAAUUGUCAAGUUAUUGUCAAAGAAAGAAGGAAAAAAUGAGUAAAUCGAACGUUAACGAUGAAAAAAUCGAAAACGCCCUAAUCUUUAUUAUGUUCCUCUAUUGAUUUCUCCUUUCCUAGAAAUGGCGGCGGAUCAAGUGCAUGCGUUCAAUAACUGGAUUCUAUAUAAUGCAUGAAUUGAAACUUAUCAAAUAAUACCGUACUCGGAGCUUGCUUGAGGCGGCGGAUGAAUCUAUUUUGGCUUCCGUCCAAUUGCAUGGGAAGAUAUGGCGGCCGGCCGGCGGUUUGUGUCUGAAAGUUCAAUACAGGAGUAGCUAGGUUGUCAUUCACAAGUUAGCAGUUAACUUGCGUGACUUACUCACUUCCCAUGCAAGGUAGAUUUUGUGCCAGCCAAUUAAACCAACCGCCAAAACUGUGGCACUGUUUGUCAAUGAACCAAUUGAUCUCAAUAACUCGAGUUGUUGAGAGAGGUGGUAGCACCCCAAAGACGGUUGAGGACGAGAAGAAAUGGGUUGGGGAUUU